CAGGGCUUCCCUGUGGGGUAGCCGCCAGAGCGGCGCGGAGGUCUCGGCUGAGAGGAGCUGUGGCGCGUUCCUCGCGCGGAGAGACGCCAGCCAAUGUUCCCCCAUUGGAAUCCGGACUCCAGCCGCGGAGGUGAGAGCUUUGGUGUCAGGGACGGAGCCAGGAAAGUGAGCCUGGAGACGCGCAAUCGCGUAGCUCGAUCGAUCACCCAGGAAGAGAAAUUGUAAGCAGAUAAGAAGAACGCGUUCGGUUUGGGACACCAUUUGCAGCUGGAAAUGGGGAAUGGACUGUCAGACCAGACUUCCAUCCUAUCCAGCCUGCCGUCCUUUCAGUCCUUUCACAUUGUUAUUCUGGGUUUGGACUGUGCUGGAAAGACAACAGUUUUAUACAGGCUGCAGUUCAACGAAUUUGUAAAUACUGUACCUACCAAAGGAUUUAACACUGAGAAAAUUAAGGUAACCUUGGGCAAUUCCAAAACAGUCACUUUUCACUUCUGGGAUGUAGGUGGUCAAGAGAAAUUAAGACCACUGUGGAAGUCAUAUACCCGAUGCACAGAUGGCAUUGUGUUUGUGGUGGACUCUGUUGAUGUUGAGAGAAUGGAAGAAGCCAAAACUGAACUUCAUAAAAUAACUAGGAUAUCAGAAAAUCAGGGAGUCCCUGUGCUUAUAGUUGCUAACAAACAAGACCUGAGGAACUCACUCUCUCUCUCAGAGAUCGAGAAGUUGUUAGCAAUGGGUGAACUGAGCUCAUCGACUCCUUGGCAUUUACAGCCCACCUGUGCAAUCAUAGGAGAUGGGCUAAAGGAAGGACUUGAGAAACUACAUGAUAUGAUAAUUAAAAGAAGAAAAAUGUUGCGGCAACAGAAAAAGAAGAGAUGAAUGGCAGUACUUUUAUAUCGGUGUGGAAUAGGUUUUACUUGGUCUGAUUUCUGACAAGCUGAAGAGUGUCUACAGCCUGGUUUGCCUGUCUGCCCUCACGGAUGCUAUUAAAGCUUUGUUUUGUUGAACAGUCAGAUACCCAACUCUGUUGCCUUGUGGAAGAUGAGUAAAUGCAAUGCUUCUUAAAGGGGUCUCUUCUCCGUGACCCACAAAUCUUUUGGUACUACCAUUUUGGGAAGCCAAAAAAGGCUAGUAAUUGACCAGAAAACAAUUUUGUGGAAAUUUGACCUGAAGUUAGUGAAAUAAAACUUUGAAGAGUGUAUGCCUAGUGUUUUGUGCUUGUAUCUUUUGGGGGAAAGCCUUUGCCAAGAAAUUGCAAGCAAGGCUUUGUAAACACAAAAUACUAAUGAAUGAAAAUGUUAAGGUAGAUGAGUGUGCACACAUGCAUACACAGUUAAGUCGAACAUGCUGGGAUAGGAAGGAAUUUUUUUUUUCUUUGAAGUUUUGGCCAGAUGGUUUUUAAUAUUAUUCUGGAAACAAUUUAAUGCUAUCUUUUUAAUUCUAGAAAAUGUUUAAUUUAGUUGGUCUAGCAUUAAUUAAAAAUAUUUGGGGUAUAUUCAAAUGCAUGGGUUAGUUUUCCUGACAAGCAUGUUUUGGUGUAUAGUCUUUAGAAAUAGCUAUGCAUCUGUCUACACAGGUUUAAAACAACUUUUUUUGGGUCUUGGAGCUAUUGUAGAAAUAGUUCAUUGUCAGAAGCGCAUUGUUACUUGACCCUAAAAAAUGACUGAUGUAAAUAUGGGUAUGUGGACUAGAUACAUAUGGUUGAAUACAUGAAUGGUUUUAUAGAGAAAGUGGUGGUGAAUUCAGUUGGCUAUAGUCUCUAAAUAAUCUACUUAAAAGAUACUUGUUUUCUUACUAUAUACUGGAUGGAAAUGGAUUUUUUUUCAUAUAUUUUUGUAGCAUUUUGGGAGAAAUGAAAGCUUUAAAGCCGUGGAAUGAAAAUGUCAGGUACCUUUUCCAUAUGUGCUCUGAGCUUUAAUGUUUUUGUUAAUUAGCUGAACAGUAUUUUCAGAGCUUUCCUAGCUUUGGUUGUAGGAAGGAAUGGUACAGUAGUACAGAUAGGAAUCAGGAUCCUAGAAACUGAAGGGGAAAAGUAGCAAAGCCAGUUGAAGACAAUUAACUGGUGUGUUUCUACUGUAAUAAAAACAAAGCGAAAUUACAAGGAGGGGAGAAUUUUAAUUUUUCUCUCCAGGAAGACUUACUUCCAGUAAUCACAUAGACCAAAUCAGCAUGAUUCCUAUGUUUGAAGCCAACAGCUGUUUAUUCUGAAAUCACCAAAGGAAGUACACUUUGCUAGCAGGACUCUGGUUUUGAGCUUUUACAUUUUUUUUUUUUUCAGUGACACAGGUAAAUCUUUGGAACUUUGAUUCUUGUUAGGAAGUAGCACCCAUUGGAGCUUUCAUGUCAGAUGUACCUGCACUAGAAAUGAGCUGUGGAGAAUAGUUCCCAGUAAAUAACUGGAGGGAUUAUAGAGCUGUGGAGAAUAGUUAUCAGUAAACAACUGGAGGGUUUAUAAAGCUGUGGAGAAUAGUUACCAGUAAACAACUGGUGGCAUUCAGAGAACAGUCUCACUUCGAGUUAAAUGGAUUUCCACUUUAGAUGUGUAAAAAGAACUUUUAUCAGCUGGCUAUUUCAUUUUAUACUAGUUUGCAUUUUCUCUGGUGGAAUUUGCACAGAAAGCUAUCUUCUAGAAACUCCCCUCCACCACACACACACUUUACUUAAGACUGAAUUCAGGAUCCUCUCCAAAUCCCUAAGGCCACGAUGAGAUAAUAAAGCUUGUCUUCCUCAGUUCUAAAUCAGUGUAAAUUUUCACUCUGCAUUUAAUCCCAGCACUAGAGAGGCAGAUCGCUGAGUUCAGGGACAGCCAGGGAUACAUAAAGAGACCCUGUCUCAAACAAAACAAAACAAAAGUUUGUGCUAACUAGCUCUUGACCCUUUCUUUUGUACCUAAGAAUUGGACCAGCUAGUCCAUGCUAUCCUUAUUUAUAGAACAGCAAAAGGACCACUGCAUAAAGUUGUAUUUAUAUGAGCCAUUUCAAUUAAAAAUUUAAGUUCAAACUUUCUAUCACCUAUUAGAGCUAUUAAUCACAUAAGCUAAGGAAUCUACUUUUAAGUCAAAAGUACUCUUUUUCAAAGUAUAUUUGUCUUUUUACAAUGUCAGUGAUCAAACCCUGGGCCCCAUGUAUAUGAAACAAUCAUCUUACCAAUGAACUACAUUUCCAGCACCUAAAGGAUAUUUUUAAAAUAGUUAACUGUAUUGGAAAUAAGUUGAUUUAAUACAAAGUAUUAAUUGGGCUAAGCAUUCUAUUCAAAUUACUACUGUAGAGCAAAGUUUUACAGUAUCCUUUGAUAUUUAAAGAGUCAUAUAUCCAAACAUAUGCUAAAAUAGAUUAUAAACUUUAUGUUUUAGCCUAGAUAGAUUCAUUAAUAAUCAAAAAAUUUUUAUAGGAAGCUAAAAAAAUGCUUAGGAUAUAUGGAUGGAAUGGAUGAUGGCUUAAGAACAAGAGUAACAAGGGCACAUAAUUUAGAAUGCUUUUGUAGGAGUUGGGAUUAUGGGUAUAAAUGCUUGCCUAUCAGAUACAAGGCUCUGGGUUUGAAUCCUAGCACUGCAAAUGAAAACUAAACCAAUUACCAGAAUGGUUUGUUUAGAAGACUUUGUUUAUAGUGGCCAUGAGAGAAAUCUGGUAUAGUAUUUCAGUGUUCUAUUUAAUGUAAUGGUUUUAUCAUAGAAACAAUGAUUUUAGCAGUAACAAAACACAAAAAUGUUUCUUCAAAAUAAAUUAAUGCAACUUGGA